AUGCUCCGUCUCUUUCCUGCACGACGCGCCUUUUCCACUUGCACUCCAAGAAAAAUGAUCGUUAAACCUGUCCCUUGUCUUCAAGACAACUACUCUUACCUUUUGCUUGACGAAAAGACCCAACAAGCUGCUGUGGUCGAUCCUGUGGAGCCUAGCAAAGUGUUAGCAGCGUUGAAGGAAUCGUAUCCCCAAUACAAGCUCACUGCCAUCCUUACGACGCAUCAUCAUUGGGAUCAUGCUGGUGGCAACAAAAAGUUACUCAAGGAGAAGCCUGACUUGACAUGCUAUGGAGGUUCAGAGAAUGUGGAAGGAGCCAAUCAUAUUGUACGCAACAAGGAGCCUAUUGCCGUGGGUGAUUUACAAGUGCUUCCACUCAAGACGCCUUGUCAUACGAUGGAUCAUGUUUGUUAUUAUGUGGAUGACAAUGGUCAACGUGCUGUGUUCACUGGUGAUUGUGUUUUUUCUUCUGGUUGCGGUCGAUUCUUUGAAGGCACAGCAUCCGACAUGUGGAAUUCCCUUAGCACUGUUGCUGAACUUCCUGAUGAUACAAACAUGUACUUUGGGCAUGAAUACACGAUGGCCAAUCUCAAGUUUGCUGAACAUAUCGAGCCCGACAAUGAAGCUAUUCGUCAAAAGAAACAAUGGGCACAACAUGUGGGUUGUACAACCCCAUCCACCAUCCGCAAUGAAAAACUCACCAAUCCUUUCAUGCGUGUACAAGAACCCAGUGUUCAAGAACGUGUCCUCGGUGCCGGCAAGACUGCAUCUGCAGAAGAGGUUCUUGGUAUUGUUAGACAGAUGAAGGAUAACUUUAAAUAA